CUCCAGAAAUUCAAAUUUUUUUCCCAAUUUGUCUCUGUGAAUUCUGUUUCCUGAAAAUGGCGGACAGGAAGACAAUGAUGAUGGAAUGGGAUGGACUGGGAAAUAAUGACGAUGAGUUUUUCGAAUCAUUCGACAGGAUAUCAAAUGCGAUUACUCUCGAUUUCGGUUCAUCGUCCGACGAAGAGUAUGAUGACAGUCGCGUGUCCUUCUCUUCCUGCAUUGCUCCUCCUCCGCGAGAGUUCAAUGUGGAGGCUCAUGAACCAGAGGAAACCAUGUCAGCAGGUGCGUAUGAUAUCUGGAUGUCUGCACCUGGAUCCAUUAAAGAUCGGCGUAAACGUCUUCUCCAGGGAAUGGGAUUGAAUAGCAAUAAGUCGCUUCUGAGAUUCUCAACGCCUGAAUUCGGUCGAUCAACAACGAAGAAAUCCGUCCCGCUCAUCCCUGUAAAAUCAAAGAAAACGCCUUCACCGUCGCCUUUGCCGCCGCCGUCAGCACCUGUUGUGCCCGUGGCAGUGCCUUUGCCAUCCACAUUCAUCCAGAAAGUCAUUGGACGACACAGAUCGGACAUAGACAUACCAACAGCAGCUUGUGUAGAUGCCAAACUUCGAAGAACAGAAUUACUUGGUGUUGAUUCAAUAAAACACCUUGUCAGAUCACCUUCCGGCCCGUCCUUUUUCGGCCACCGCGAACCGCAGUCACCAAUUCUUGAUUCAAUGAAGCCAUUAAAAAUCGAAACUGGAUACGGAGGCUUGCAUUAUCUUGGUGGUUCAAGGCUAACCAUGUCUCCAAGUGGUAGUGAAGGUUCAUUUUUCAUUAAGAAUCUUGAUACAGGCAAAGAGUUCGUCGUGAAUGCGCUGGAUAAAAACGGAAUGUGGAACAGCCUGAGUGAUGCUCAAACUGGGAAGCACAUAACUAUAGAAGAAUUCGAGAAAAGUGUUGGCCAUUCUCCCAUUGUCAAGGAGUUGAUGCGACGGGAAAAUGUUACGCGUGAUCGGGACGGAAACAAAACGGAAGGUGAUGACAAGAAUGCUCAGCUCAGCAAGAGCUUCAGAUCAAGCAAGAAAAGAGGAGUUUCUUUGUUGAAAAACUUGAAGGGGUUUGCGAAUUCGAUUAACGGGUUCAUGGUCGAUAAGGAUGCAUUGUUGCAAGCUCAACAACAAGCGACCAAAAAUCCAGCUACGGCGUCUCAGUGGACUCGAGUUCGUCAGCAUGGGAAGUCGCAUAAAGAACUAACUGGACUUUACAUGUGCCAGGAAAUUUCAGCUCACCAGGGAUCAAUUUGGUGCAUUAGAUUUAGCCAUGAUGCUCGGUUUCUUGCGAGUGCAGGCGAAGACCGGGUCAUUCAUGUCUGGGAAGUAAUAGAUUGUGACAUUUUGUCAUCAAAACAGUCGGAUGAUGGGAGCUCAACUCCACUUCAGCUCAUGGCAAGUCAUUCUCAGCAUGAGCAACCUCCGCUUGCGGAAACUCUGUCGAUGCCAUCAGAGAGGAGAAGAAGAGGAAAAGGAUCUAGCAAGAAGGGGAAAAUUCCGGACUAUAUUGUUGUUCCAGAGACUGCUUUCUCACUGACAGAUAAACCUAUUUGCUCUUUCCAUGGUCAUCUGGAUGAUGUUUUGGACCUCUCUUGGUCCAAAUCACAGCAACUGCUUUCAUCUUCCAUGGACAAAACUGUCAGGUUAUGGGAUAUGGAAAGCAAGAGUUGUUUAAAGCUGUUUGCGCACAAUGAUUACGUAACUUGUAUAGACUUCAACCCGAUAGACGAUGACUACUUCAUCAGUGGUUCGCUUGAUGCCAAAGUUCGAAUAUGGAGCAUACCGGAUCGACAUGUGGUUGACUGGACAGAUCUGCAUGAAAUGGUUACGGCUGUUUGUUAUACUCCUGACGGUCAGGGUGCAAUGGUCGGUUCGCAUAAAGGAACUUGCCGGUUGUACGACACAUCUGAAAGCAAGUUAGUUCAGAAAGAACAGAUAAAUGUCCAGACCAAAAAGAAAUCGCAAGCUAAAAAGAUAACCGGGUUCGAGUUUGAUCCAGUGAAUCCUUCUGAAGUGUUGAUAACCUCUGCGGAUUCACGUAUACGGGUACUCAACGGUACUACCAUAGUUCAGAAAUUUAGAGGUUUCCGAAACACCAAUAGUCAAAUAUCAGCAUCAUUCACCGUUGACGGAAAAUAUGUCAUAUGUGCGAGUGAGGAUUCUUUAGUAUACGUUUGGAAACGAGAUGAGCUUCGAAAUGUAGUAGCCUGGAAAAAGAAAGGUUUUGUGACUACCCAAUCUCAUGAAUAUUUCCAUUGCAAAGACGUUUCAGUUGCAAUACCAUGGCCUGGAAGCAUCAAAUAUGAACCACCGCUUCUAUCCCAAGGAUCAAAAAGAGAGCACUGCCGCUCCCCCUCAAACGGAAUCCCUCCUCUUCCUCCUGCAGAAGAAAAUUCACCACAAGAAAACAACCACAGAAAUAAAAAUCUUCCACCUCUUCCAAAGAAGAAUCACCACGCGCCUGAAAGAGGGACGAGUUGCACGGAGGAGGAGCUCGAUAAAUCAUCUCUACUAGAUAAAUCAUCUCAUGCAGACUCGGCAAUCAGUGAUAACGGUUCUUCAUUUUCUUCUUUCAAGUUUGGGCAUUCCCCUUCUAUAUCAGCUUCAAGCAGUUGUUCUUCAUCAUCCUCAAGGUGGUGUGAGGAUGGCAAUAGCAACCACAGAACAGCAUGGGGUAUGGUGAUUGUGACAGCAGGAAUAGGCGGUGAACUAAGAAUAUAUCAAAAUUUUGGGUUGCCGCUGCGUCUAAGAAACCAAAUCCAUCUCUUCCAAAACUAUUCGUCGAGUCCUGCAUCAUCCUCACCAUCAGGUGGAGUUUCAGGCAGCUCAUCUAUCAGAUAGAACACCCACAUAUGAAGAGCUUUUUGGGGAUAUAUUAAAAGAGGCUGGAGUUAGAUCAGUUUUGUAAGGCAAUGAUAUCAGCCAGCCUCAUUUCAUUGUAAAAUAACUCGAUUUCUUCUUUUUCCCAUAAUCAAUACACAGACAUGAUAAGGAACUCAACAA